AGUGUUGUUCAUUCAUCUGAGUAGGAAUUACUGUCUAUAUAGUGAAUUUGUUGUGGCCAGCAAAACAGGGACAUUCAGGAAGUGGAAUAACGUGCCAAGAAGAGGAAUAUCCGUAGAAAUUAAGUGGAUUUUAAUUAUUGAAAUAUCCAGAAGAGCGUAUCUACCAACUAUCUGAAAGAAUCAAGAUGUUUUUCUGCCAUUUGUUGCUGAUUUCAUGUGGAGCCAUUGUGGCCAUUUCCAGCUGUGACGCUGCCAAAUCAACGUCCGAAAGAACGACCCUAGUGCAGCAGGAAGCGCAAGAGAGGCCAGAAGUAGUUGUUAGAAAUAGCGAAAGGGUGUUAAAUAAGAGAGGACUGGGUUUUGGCGGAGGUGUCAGUGCAUGGAAUGGGGCAGAUUGGCAAAAUGCCUGGUCACAGCCAUGGAACACUCCAUCCUUUGGCAAUGCUGGUUUUAGUGCUAGUUCAUCACAGCUUGGACCAUGGUUUGGCUCACAUAAAUACGUGCCAUCACCGGCGGAAGUGACGGCAGCAAUUGCGGCGGCCAAACAGGCGUCGGCGAACGUGCUCGUGGCUCAGCAGCAAGUUCUUGCUGCCAAAGAGAAUGUACUAUCACAGCAGAAAUUGGCGGCAGAACGUGAAACUCAAGCAUCGAUUGCACAACAAAAGAGUGAAGCUGCGGCGGCAAUUCAGCGUUCAGAGGCUGCGGCAGCGGCACAAGCAGUUAUUCUGGCACAGCAACGUUUAGCUUCAGCAAAGGCAGCAGUAGCACAUCAUCAGAAGAUUGCUGCAGCAAAGGAAGCACAGGCUGCAUCAGCAUUGCAAAGUUCUGCCCAUGCUGCAGCGGCUGAGAUUCAAAGGACAGAGCAUGAGGCAUCGAAAUUAUCCACUUAUCAGAGAAAUGACGCUGCUGCUGCUCUUCACCAUGUCACAGCCACAAAGGACGCAGCUUUGGCGCCUCUGACAAUCGGUAACAAUCGUCAACCCACAGUGACCUUCAGCCCAGUCCACUAUUCCUCGGCGUCGUGGAGUCCUGGUUUCGUAACCUCUGCCACACCCUCAAUUGCGGCUUAUUCAUCUGGUCCUUGGUCAUCUGCCCUUCUACCACAUCGCACGGGAUUGGGGUAUUGGGGCUAGGAAAUUGAUGGAUCUAUCUGCAGUGCCAGCAUGAUGAAUAUGUCCACCUCAUCCCAAAACUUUUGGUUGAAAAUUCACAUUGUAUAGAGGCAAUUUUACUGCCGUCAACAAAUAAAUGUUAACACAUUUCCCCAGCAA